ACGUUUUAAAACAAUUUUAAUAAACGAUAACACUAUUUGAGCUUAUUAAAAGUAUCGAUAUAAAACCAGUGUUAGCAUCGAUGACAUUGCAAUGAUAACAUGAGAAGAAAAAGUGUUGGCGAUUGACUGCACUUAACAAAUUCACUCCUGUUGCCUGCACGUAAUCAAAACAAAUAAUAGCCCCAAAAUGGACGCCAGAUUAGAUAUGUUUGAGGACGUCAACACGUCGCCGUCGCUGGAGGGCGAUAUGUCCAUACCCGGAAAACGGAGAACGACAACAACAGCAACCGCCCAGAAUGGAGUGCCAGAUUACAAUACGCUGGACGAACCGAUACGCGAAACUGUGCUGAGGGACAUACGCGCUGUUGGCGUCAAGUUCUAUCAUGUGCUCUAUCCCAAAGAGAAAUCCAGUCUGCUGCGAGAUUGGGAUUUGUGGGGCCCGCUGGUGCUGUGUACUUUUAUGGCGACCAUUCUGCAGGGCUCCUCGUCAGCUGACAGCAUGUCAGACAAUGGCCCAGAAUUUGCCCAGGUCUUUGUUAUUGUGUGGAUCGGUGCCGCCAUUGUAACACUCAACUCCAAACUGCUCGGUGGCAAUAUCUCAUUCUUCCAGUCAGUUUGUGUGCUUGGCUAUUGCCUGACGCCGGUGGCGCUCGCCUUGAUCAUCUGUCGCAUCAUUCUGCUGUCCACGCAGACACGCUUUCUUUUCUUCUUGCGCUUUGUGACCACAACGCUGGGAUUCUCCUGGGCAACGUAUGCGUCUUUCAUCUUUCUGGGUCAAAGUCAGCCGCCACAUCGCAAGCCGCUUGCCGUUUAUCCGAUUUUCUUGUUCUUCUUCGUCAUAUCGUGGCUGGUUUUGUCGCAUAAUUAGUACUUCAACUUUCCAUAGCAUAACCAAAAUUGUAAAUUUAAUAUUUAAUUUGAAAACUGUGACCACGCCAUUUGUUUAAGCUAAACAUGUUGUUUCUUUUCAA